UCUACCAGGAAUAAAAUAAUGUUGACCCCAGGUUAGAUAGUUAGAGAGAGAAGUUACUUGAAGAAUUAUCUUGGACGAAAAGGACUGUCUGAGUGAGUACUGGAGAAAUGGCUGACAGGAGUCUGAGUCAAAAAGCAGUCAUUGCCAUUGCUAAUCUGUGCUAAUUUGUUGUUUGCAUUGGUUUUUCACGCUACCAACAAAAUCCCCUCUUUAAUUUCUCUGCAAUCUUUCUUGUCCCAAUGUAAGAGCUGCUGCUGAUUUGACAUUAUUAUUGUGAUCGUCCGCGCCAAUAUCUUUAAAGCAAAGUGGUCGUAUGUUCGACUCUCUGCCGCUAAAUUCUCGGCCAUUUCUUCGAUCUCCUCCCUUACUGCACUGGAGCUUGCGCCAUUAUUUUAAUAUACGUGGUCAGUUCGUUAGCAUUGGGGUUCGCAGCUUCUGAAUCGCCGUACUAGGAGCUGCAGGAUCGAGUCUCACAAGGAUGGUUAGCGUGAGUAGUGAGAGUCUGUUCUGUGAGGAGGAAAUCGGAGAGUUUAGUCCGUCCAAGGAUGACGCAGGUUUAGGUUCUGCUUUCGAGGCUUCGCAGGAAGUAAUUGAUUUUUCUUCACCGGUUGUGGAAGAUGAUGGAAUUGUGAGGGUUUUGCUGGCGAAAGAAGCGAGCUUCAUGCCUGGAGAUGAUUAUUGCUGCCGUUUACAGUCUGCUGGUCUUCGCGGGACGCGGUGCAGGGCUGUGCGGUGGAUGCUUAAGGCCAGCGGUCAUUUCAACUUCAGUCCUCAUACUGUCAGUUCUGCCGUUAAUUGCUUGGACCGAUUUCUAGCCAGGAGUCUUGACAAGCCAUGGAAAGCAUGGAUGACGGAUUUGCUCGCUGUUGGAUGCUUAUCGGUUGCUGCAAAGCAGGAUGAGGUUCAUGUCCCGCUUCUGCAAGAUUUACAGGUCGAGGGAGUGGAGUAUACGUUCAAUUCAACGACAUUACAGCGCAUGGAGGUGACGAUAUUAAACAGGCUAGAAUGGCGACUUAGAUCCGUUACGGCCUUUUCUUACACCGAUGCAGUGCUUCCAUAUUUAAACAUACCUCCCAUCUUGAAGACCUUCCUACGUGCUCGAGUUACAGAAUUAUUGCUUCAGACUCUCUCUGAAUCUCAGUUUGUGGAAUACAGACCGUCUAUAAUAGCUCUCUCAUCGAUUUACUGUGCACUGGAGGAAUUGCUUCCGACACAGGCAAAUCUUCUCAAGUCAAAUCUCUGCAAUAUCAUCGCCGUGGAUAAGCAAAAGCUUGAAAGAUGCUACGAAAUCAUGGAAGAAGUGGUGGUAGAUCCGCCAUGCGUGUCCUCAAAUUCAAAGUCUUCUCCUGCAAGCCCCAUUGCCGUAGCAGAAAUUGCAGGCCCGAUUGGCCAAGAUUACAUAAAUUCAUUCUUGAUUUACAUCAAUAAGUGCGGGAUUACAGAGCAAAGGGUUUGCAUUUCUUGUUGCGAAAACAAAAGAAAACGAACAAAUUAGCAGUAACAAAAUCAUUGAUUGGAACGCAUCAACGGGAUUAUCCGACGAUUUCGCAUGUGAAGGUACCGUACAUUGGAGAAAAUAUUAUCUAAAUAUGUUCCAAUGUCCAACACCUCUGUUUUUAUUUUUUGAGUAUUUUGUCCCCACCAAACAUAUGUACUCAACCACAUAAGUAGUAUUGCCCUCCCCCACUUUUUUUAACGCUUUCUGCAAUCACUAAACCACGUGAUUGCACUUUUGCCAAAAGGAUAAACUGGGAGAAUAAAAAAAUCCCGCCUUCGCUUAAAUUUAUUUUUUCCAGAUAUAACGAAUCGAAAAAACAAAUUGCACUUGGCUUCAAAUGAA